GGCAGGGCCUGAGGGGUUGGAGCCAGACUGCAGGCUGAGGAAGAGACGUGGCCUUAUAAAUUGGAUCCAGUGAACUGUCAGGAGAUCAGACACAAACAAAGCUUUAGAAGGCUAGAGAGAGAGAGAGAGAGAGACAGUGAGAGUAAGCCAGACCUGAUGGCCGCCUUCCCCCAAGCAGCCAGCCCAUCCCAGCAGCCCCCAGGCUCCGAGGACGAAGACCACAGCCUGGAUGAGUACGACCUCUACAGCCUGGCUCAUUCUUACCUGGGAGCGGGAGGCCGGAAAGGUCGCACCAAGAGAGAAGCUGCUUCCCAUACCAACCACCCCAGCCCUGGUGGGCACGAGAGGAAGCUGGUGACCAAGCUUCAGAAUACGGAGCGGAAAAAGCAGAAGGCACAGCUCUGAGACAGAGCUGGAGAUGAGGCCAGAGCACAGACCCCACACAGCGAUGGAGGCGCGACCACGCAGGAACGAGCCCCUUGGGGGGCUCCAGGCCUGCUUGCCCCCAACGAUAUCCCCAGGACUUACCCCACAGAGACUCUGAGGGGCCACCAAGGAAGUGCCCCCCAGCCCCAGAAAAAGGGCAAGAUGGGGAGCAAGAGGUAGGGAGUAGAGAGGCAGAGUCACGAAGGUGCGCCCCGAAAGAAAGACACCGAAGAAACCGGAGCUCCCUGGGGUGGCGGCGACAAUAAACAAAGCACAGAGCUGCA